AUGGCAGAGAUUCUCGCACAUCUCACUUCGGCGUCAUCUGAACUUCGUGCAAUAAGCGAUACGCGCGAUGAAAGAUAUGACACACAAAUGCGUGACCUGGUUGCAUACAUUAAGAAUUACGAUAAGGAUCUUGACACUCAAUAUCUCCUAGAUAACCUCGAUCCGUCACAGCACACGUUAUCCUACCUUUUGAUUCUCAAUAUCCACGUCGACAGUCUACAAAAACGGACAAAGGAAAAUGUGCCAGACGAGAUCAAGCCAGGGAAUGAUUUAUGGGCUGAAGUGGCCUAUUUUCUUCAACAUUUUGAUCCAAUCCAGGUCCGGUAUGCUGGCUAUGAGUGGCGCCGACUUGUUGAACUCCUGGCACAAGCUGCCGAAGUUACUGCGAAGCCGUUCCUAGCGGUCCAUGUGAUAAAGGAGGCAUUGCUUCGACUAAACUCACCUGGUGUCCUUACAUCAUUACAUGUUACGUUCCUCAGACUUACUCUCCUUUCCAAGUCUUAUCAUCAUGCUUUACCGGUUAUGGAAAGAUGGGUUUUCCAGUUUCCCACCAGUUCAGUCCAAGCCUACCGCAAGCAUAUCAGUCGUCCGUUGUGCUCCGAAGACACUUUCGGCGAUACGUUCAUCUCCGAUGCAUCUGGCUUCUCUGCAAAGCUGACAUACAGAGAUCAUAUGAGAUUUUUUCUGUAUGGCGCAAUGAUUUACCUGGCCUUAAAGGAAUGGAAUAAGGCGUUACAUUGGCUAAGCAUCGUCAUAUCGUCUCCUGUCAAUGACUCUGUCAGCAAAAUAAUGAUCGAAGGCUAUAAGAAGUGGAUAUUAGCUAGCUUGCUGGCGCACGGAAAGUUGAUCUCAUCGCCUAGAGUGAUCUCUGCACACGUUUUGAAAGUAUAUCAAACGUUAACAAAACCCUACGCAUCCUUGGUCGACGCUUUUGAGAGGGGCGACUAUCCAAGGUUGAGAGCUGAGAUCGACAUUGGUCGGUCAGUUUGGCGUACUGACAAUAAUGAGGGCCUAGUCUCCCAGCUGUUCUACGCUUACAAUUCGUUUCUUGUUAUCAAGCUAGGCAGGACUUUCUCUGCUCUCACUGCAGCGGAUGUGGCACAACGCACGCUUGCACCAUUGGCAUUUUCUGCAAAUAUCGAAGACUUCGUGGCGUUGCUCGUAAUGUCUGGCACCCUCAGCGCUACGCUACUGCAUCUGCAUGGUCAAUCAGAUGCAACAAUGCUUCGGUUUUUUGCGCGCCGUGAAUCGUACCUCAAUAGUGAAAUACGGAUGCGAACACGAUUGGUUGAAGAGGCUCGGGUACUAGGACUAAUAACGAAAGAUGCUAACCAAUGUAGCAGUGAGUUGCAGCUGGGAAAUGAAAGUCUUCAAAUCUUAUCUAGAAAUCAGAGGUGGCCUGAUGCUUCAAGGGUCAGUGGCGAUGCUGUUGGAGAACUAAAUGGUGGUCUGGAAAUUGAUGAAGACAUCAUGGGAGAUGGUACCUGA